UUAAGGUCAAGCAAAUUAUUAAUAUUUAAAAUUACAGAAUCUUUUUGAAAAAGAUACAUACAUCAAAAAUAUUCAAAAAUGUCUAAAUUUCUUAAAAUGCAACUGUAUUUUCUGUUUUGUAUGCUUCUGCACGUGCGUGGCCAACACAUUCUAAUUCCUGACGUCCCUUAUGGCACCCACCCAGAACAAAUCAUGGACAUCUAUCUGCCCUCUGGGAACACUACUCGAGUGUCAAAAGUGGUAGUGCUGAUUCACGGUGGUGCCUGGUUUUCUGGACAAAAGGAAGACAUGCUGGAAUUUGUUCCUUUCCUCGAACGAGACUUUCCAGAAUAUUGUAUCGCAAACAUGAACUACAGACUAGGCACGCACGAAGAUCCCGGCUUCCCUAAACAGGUCGACGACCUUGACCUAGCCUUGACCUAUCUCCGCGGCACAUUCACGGACGAUGUGACCUUUGCCCUGUUCGGGACCAGUGCCGGGGCUCACCUGUCAAUGCUCUACUCAUUCUCCCGGGAUAUCACCAACGACGUCAAGGUCAUCGUUUCUCACGUCGGACCGGUCGACCUGACUGACCCUUCCUACGUCGCGAAUCCCCUCUACAACGGACUGUUCUACAAUUUAGUAGGUCCAUGUUUGUAUGCCGAAUGCCCCGAACUUUACAACGUUACGAGCCCAAUCAUCUACGUGGACGAGAAUUCUCCAAAAACUAUCGGUUUUUACGGAAAUCUUGAUCUUCAAGUGCCGUCCACGCAGAUGCCGAUGUUGCGGGAGAAGUUGGACCUGUUUGGGAUUCCUAAUAAAUUUACGUUGUACCAAGGCGGGCACGGGUGGAAUUGGUCGGACGAGGAUAAGGAAGAUUUGAGGGUGCAGAUCACACAAUUUUUUAAUCAGCAUUGGUAAAUAAUUUGUGAAGAAGUUGUAAAGUGAAAUUUAUGUUAAAUGCAUGAAAUUAAUAAAUUAUGUUUUUGAGUUGUUCGUUUGAAUUCAGUUGUAAAUGUGUACUUCGUAAUGUGGUAUGGAUUUACCGAAUUUGAUUACUUUGUGGUAUAUGUAUUAAUUAAAUAAUUCUUUGACCUUUCAAUAUAGGCCGUUUAAAUAUUUCAUUUGAUCAAAUAAUAUAACCCAUGGCAUGGCCUAAUUGUAAUUGUGCACGUUAACAUUUGCCUGGCUAUUUAAUUAAGUCUGAAAUUGUUGUUUUUGGUUACAUUAGUUCCAAGAAUGCUCUCUGUACAUUACUUUGGCAAAUAUAUAUGUAGAAAAUAUAUAUGUAGAGAGAAUUAUGUAGGGAUACAAGAUUAAAUUUGUCAACAUAUAAGAAAUAUUAAGUUAUAUGUUUCAUAAUAGUACUCGUUGUUAUGUAAUAUCUGUUCUGAUAUGUUCAUAUCCUGUAUUGAAUAAUUCUUACAACCUAUUACGUAUACUGUAUUACCAAUACCGUACUAGGAUUGUUUAAUG